UAUUCUCUCUCUCUCUCUCUGCGCUGGAUUCUACCAAGGGUUUUGCAUCUGUACCAUGUCCUCUCAGCCGAGAUCGAUCUCUUCUGGGUUCUUGAUCUUAUUAAUUUAGCUUCACUUGCUAAAGGUUUUUGUUCCCUGAAUUUGCAACUCUGGCGAAUCCGUGGUGGACAGGGCAAUUGGGGCUGCCGGGCAUGGACCCGGCAGCAAAUUCUUCUGUGCUAAACAAACGCCAUAGCGAGAUUUCCAUGAACGAAAGCAGCGGUAGAAGUAGCGGUGAAAGAGGAGAUGAAGAUGAUGAUAGAGACAACGGAGACGAGCCUAGAGAGGGAGCGGUUGAGGUUGGCAAUCGUAGACCAAGAGGCCGGCCUCCCGGAUCUAAAAACAAACCGAAACCACCAAUCUUUGUGACCCGAGACAGCCCAAACGUGCUCAAGAGCCAUGUUAUGGAGGUGGCUGGGAAUGCUGACAUAGCGGAAAGCAUUGCCCAAUUCGCUAGGAGGCGUCAACGAGGGGUUUGUGUGCUUAGUGGGACUGGCUUCGUGGCCAACGUGACCCUUAGACAACCUGCAGCACCUGGCGCUGUCGUAGCACUUCACGGAAGGUUUGAGAUUCUGUCUCUGACCGGGGCCUUCCUUCCUGGACCUGGCUCGACUGGGCUCACGGUGUACCUAGCAGGAGGUCAGGGACAGAUCGUGGGAGGAAGCGUGGUAGGUUCCUUGGUUGCCGCUGGACCAGUCAUGGUCAUGGCCGCAACGUUUGCUACUGCAACAUACGAGAGAUUGCCUCUCGAAGAUGAUGAGGAGGCGGGGAGCGCAGGGCGUCAGGGUGCCGCAGCAGGAGGUUCCCCACCCGCAAUUGGAAGCAGCGGCAGCGGGGGACAGCUGCACCCUUCUGGGCUGCCCGAUCCCUUAUCGCUGCCUGUUUAUAAUUUGACACCAAAUCUACUCCCCAACGGUUCACAGAUGGGGCAUGAUGCUUAUGCUUGGACUCAUGCCCGGCCCCCUUACUAGAUCCAUAAGAUAUAUUAUAUAUCAAUCUUCUCUUCUGUUUUAUAUGAUUGUUAGGGAAUGAAAUGGAGGUAGAAAAGAUGGGAAGAUCAAGAGAAACCACUGGGUGUUCUUAAUGUAUAUUAGGCUUUCUAAUCUGUCUAGCUUGGUUAUCCUGAUCUCUGUUUGCAAUAAAAAAAAUAUA